AUGGAUCUGGAAUUGCAUCAGAGGGCGAGCGGCCACUUCAUGAGUGCUGCAGGUGCGAUGUGCGACCGAACCGGCUUCGGAACAUCCAUGAGUCACUUCCCCAUGGGCCAUAUGUCUGCCAUGGGAGCUAUUGGCACCAUGGGCUCCAUCUCUGCCAUGAACGGGCCCUCACAACAAAAGAAAGUACAGGAGGAACACAUAAAGAGACCAAUGAACGCCUUCAUGGUGUGGUCGAGGCUGCAGAGGCGUAAAAUCGCCCAGGAUAAUCCAAAGAUGCAUAAUUCUGAAAUCUCGAAACGAUUAGGUGCGGAAUGGAAGCUUCUUACCGAAGACGAGAAGCGACCGUUUAUCGACGAAGCCAAGCGCAUCAGGGCGAUGCACAUGAAAGAACACCCCGAUUACAAGUACCGGCCUCGGAGGAAGCCGAAAACUUUGAGGAAGGAGGGAUACCCGUACUCCAUACCAUAUCCCAGUGUCCCCAUGGAUGCUUUGAGAGCUGGUAUGGCCGGUGGAGGUAUGGGUCAAGCCAUGGGUGGAUACUACGGCGCUGCAUAUGGACCACUCGGAGCCAGCAUGGCGGCAGCAGCAGCAGCAGCUGCGCAACAGAACGCUAUUUCAGCCGCACUUACACCUAACCCACAGGUUGGACCUUCAAUGGACAUGUCAAAAUAUUCCCUGGAUGCUGAAAAGUACCGCAGCUAUGGCAUGUACCCAGACCCAUCGCGAGGAUACCUGGACUCCGCCGCCCUCUCCAAGGCAUACAUGUACAUGGACCAGCAGCAACAAAGGUCAUACCCUGUAGACAUUAGCAAAAUGUACUCCGAGGCGUCGGCAGCAGCGAUGGCGGGCCUUAGCUCCGUCAACUCAGCGCCUUCAAGCCUGUCCCCGCGCUCACCAGCUGAAUCUCCGGAUAUGACAGCAAAAACACAAGACAGAACCGAAGGCAGUUCCUCGUCAGGCUCAAACCCUUCACCGUCCCUCCCCUACUACCAAGGAUCUUCAAGUAUCCUCAUGCCACAGUACCCUGGACAGUACCCACAGAGUACUCAGGGAGGUUCAGAAUUUAGGCGGCCACUCACAGUUAUAUUUUGA